AUGACGGAGAGUGUCUUUUCUAAUGUUCGAUAUUACGUCAUAGAUAGCGAAGAUAACCAGUUGGUUGAUGACUUGAAAUUUCUUGGUGCAACUUCUUUCCCUGCAUUGACUGACAGUUUAAAAUUUGCAAUUAGCGACAAAGGUGAUUCUGCCGAAGUUUAUGAAGCCGAAGAACUUAUUGGUCUCUAUGUUGUUACUUCGUCAUGGGUUCGUAAGUCGAUUGCCAUGAAUGCAUUUCUUCCUUUUAAACCCUUCCAUCCGAAGUUUAAAAAAAUUUUCAAUGGACUGAAUGUUGUAAUAACAGAGUUGCCGGCAAACGAUGUACUCAAGCUAACCGCUCAUCUCACUAUUCGUGGAGCAAGUUGUAGUGGAGUACUCGAUUCAAGCACAUCCCAUCUCAUUCUUGGUCGAGCUUCUGGGUUUCUUUAUGAACGGUGCAAAGCACAUUUUCCAAGUGUUCGCAUGAUCUCCCCUGAUUGGGUCGUUGAAUGCCUGAAAGGUCAAGAACUUAUCGAUUGUGAAAACUAUAACAUUGAGCUCCUAAUCAAACCUGCUCCACCGAAGCCCCCCAUCAUGCCCAAACCCCCUUCUGUCCAUCUAAUCGAUCAAUCAGUUGCUCAAAAGCAACUACCACAGGGCUUGGCUACCCAUCUUGGUGGUAUCGGAACUUCUGUUUCCGCUAUCGGUACUUCGAUUGAUGGAACGCAUCGAAUUCUCUCUACGAAUGCUGGUGUAAUUGGAUUUACAACAAGUGGAGUACCUGUGGUCUCCCAGGCACCUCCAGCACCAAUCCCUACAACUUUCCACCAACAGCAGCAAAUGCAUUCACAUCUUCCCGAAUCGAAGCCCACCAAGGCUUCCAGUAAAAGCAAGGCGAACAAACACCCCAGCGAACAGGGCUUGAAUGAAGAACAGAAGGAUGCCAUUGUUAUGCAGAACGUCAAAACCAUAUUGGGUUCUCAAGCUAAUCGAAAUAAGGAUAAUGCAUCGAAUCGAGGAGAAGGUCAGUUGCCGGGAGCCUUUUUACCUACCGGGUCAGCCCCUAUAGCUACUGUUGGAUCUCAGCGAAAACCCAAGUCGCCUAAAUCUCCAGCAAAUCGUGGCUCGAAUUCCUCAGUCGGUGGUAUGUUAGUUGCCAAUAAAGUUGGCCCUGGAGGACAAAAGGGGGGAUCAAAGGGUGGAAGUAGUGUAGGAGCUAAAAGAAGCGGAGAACUGGCUGAAAUUGCCCCUCAACAUGUUCAGCCUCAGCCACAGGGUCAACAACAGUUUGCUACUCUAACAGUAGAUGCCUCUGGAGCAGCUACCACUCAACUCUUUCAACAUUCCACAGUGUUGGUUGCAGCUGCCCCUGCUGCUCAACCUGGUGCCCAAAUGACUGCUGCCGGUGGGCCAAGAACAGCAGCGACUGCUGCUCAGCAGAAUGGAGCUUUUCUUCUACAACAGCAGCAACAACAACAUCAACAGUAUCAACAACAAGCUCUUCUGGCUGCUCAGAGUCAAUUUCAGAAGAAUAGAAUGGCUGCACCUCAACAGGUUCAAGUAUCUCCACUCCUGCUGCAAAGUGCUCAAGGUCAAACUCGGGCUACGACAGCAACAUUUAUCGUCCGAGCUCCCUCCGAUAUCCAACUGGGUCAGGCCGUCACUGCAGGUCCAGACUCUGUUCAGGCCCUCCUAGAUAGCAACAACAAUGCAGCUAUUAAGGAGGGACAACAGCAGCAAGUAAUUUUGCAACCUGCUUCCGGUCAGGCUACUCAACAACAGCACUUGAUACAUCUUCAACAGCAGCAGCAGCAGCAGCAAAGAAGAUCAUCUUCACCUUCUUCAGCAAAUCCAGGGGGUGUACUCUCCCCGGUCUUUAUCCAGGGUCGUCAGCCUCAACCUCUUCAACAGCAGUAUAAGCAGCAAGGUCAAAUGCAAGUCCAGAUGACGGGUUUGCAAACCCAGCCUGCUAUUCGACCUCAACCACAGCCGUCACAAAAUAGACCUUCUGCUCCUCUUCAAGCUCAACAGGGAGGCAUUCGUCACAAUAUCCCCCCUCUACAGCCAUCUAAUCAACAGCAGCAACAGUACGCCCAACUCACUCAGCAACAAGCUAAGCCUACUGCUCAUCAAAUGGGAAGUCAGGGUCAGGCGCACCAACAACAAAUAAUAAUUCAAACCUCUGCAGGAGUUCAACAAGUCGUAACGGCCCAGGAACUCAGUAAUGCCCAAUACACACAGAUGCGUGCAGUAACACCGGCAGGUCAAGGUACAUCGCCUAGACCGACGACAACGAGUAUUAUCGGCUCGUCUGGUUAUACUCAGCAACAUCAGCAACAGGAACAGGUUUUGACAAGUAAUGGUAUCGUUUCCUCUUCCACUGCCUCUUCCAACAUACUCUAUCAUAGCUCGGUGCCUACCGCUGCAGCUGCGGCUUUUGCUGAUGCUUCUACUGGCAUUCCUCAAGAUCGUGUUGCUUAUAUCACAUCGAUUCCUCAACAACAACAGCCACAAGCACCAGGUGGAAGACUUCAGCAAACAAUACUCCAAGGUCAGGGUCAGCAACAACAGCAGACUAUGAUCAACGUAUCUGGAGGACGAGUUAUACCAUCAAGCCUGGCCGGAGCCCCAGCAUCCAUCCUUCAAGCGUCACAACAGCAAGCAGUUGCCAUUCAACAAGGUCAAUUUUAUGGACAAUCGACAGUCCCCUCUCAACCACCCCAGCGUAUCCUAGUGCAGUCACCCCAACAGCAAUCUCAGGGAAUGCUUGCCACCCAAGGACAAAUUCCAGCUGGAGGCGGUUUCAUUCAACAGCAACGGCAACAGUUGUUGCCCCAACAGCAGCAAAUGAUGACCCGUGGCCCCAUGAACAACUCACAGAUCCGACAAAUGAUGACUGCGCAAUCUAUUCAACAAACGAGACACAUUGCACCCCCGCCCCCUCAAUAUCGACCUGGUGGUUACGUGCUACCAUCCCGACCUUCUCUUAAUUCUGUCUCUCAAACUACAGGUGGUGCCUAUGGACCGAAUACAGCAACUGGGGUUAGAGCUCAACAGAUGCAACAGAUUAAUCCGGCUGUUCAACAGCAACAGGCUCAGAUUGCACCACAAGUGCCUCCUGGUUUUCAAUUGCCCAACUUCAAAGGUCAUGUCGGCUACAACUGCCCUACAGCCCAUGAGGACUGCCUAAUUGGCUGUGUUAUGAUGCUGGUUGGAUAUACAAACUUCUCGGAGUCUACUAGAGCUCUCUGGAAAAAGAUUAUACGCUCAUAUGGUGGGGAAGUUGUCAACACUUAUGUUCCUACUCGAGUAACACAUGUCAUAAUGGACUGGAAACUGGGUGAUGCAGCUCUUUAUGAACAGGUACUUCGUGAUCGAAAGAGAGUGGUGACGAUCUAUUGGCUGAACGACGUCCUUGCAAAUGGUCAGAUGGUCCCUCCAUUCGAAAUCAUCCACCUUCCAUCCGCAUUCGCUCCCUUCUGCACCCUCAAAGCUAUCAGAGCGCAGAUAAUCUCCAUAACUGGUUUUGAGGGCACCGAGAAGCUGAAGGUGGAGGCAAUCAUCAAACAAAUUGGAGCUACCUAUACGGACUAUCUCGAUGAGAUGAACACUUUCCUUGUCUGUAAAAAACCUGAAGGCGAGAAGUACAAAAUGGCUAGGCAUUGGGGUGUUCGAUGUGUAAAUUUACGCUGGCUUCAGGAUCUCUAUUUGGGAGACGCUAGGACCUUGGAUAUACGUGUCCCACACAAGUACCUCUGUUUUGACAAAAUGGAUGUCACUAUUGCCCUAGAGCUUCGUACUGCUGAAGUUCAAGAAAUGAUGAUUGGCUGGAAUCAGGGAAUUUGUGUCACGCCUGCAUCUUGGGAGCGCUUGGGGAAAUUGCGGGAAAUUUUGCUCCAGGAGGAGAAGAAAGAGGAAGAGGCAAAGGCUGCCCUUCAAUGUCAAAAGGAAAUUGAAGCUGGAAAGAAUGAUGAAGACGCUAAAGAGAAUAGGUUUGUCUUACCCCCCCUCACGGCGGAAGAAGUGGAAAAAUCAAAGACCGGUAAACUUCGAUCAACGUUGCUGCGCGAGGAGGCGAAUAAAGUGGCAGCUCAUCGAGCCAAAUUAGCCGCUGAAGCUGCCACCGCCGCUGCUGCUUUGGCUGCCCAACAACAACAACAACUCUAUCCGGUCCAAACUAAUCCCCAAGGGCAACAGAUCACCACACCGUCUCUUACUUGCCAAUCACUUCCAAUCUCCCUACCGCCCACUUCCUCCGUUUUUCCAGCCACUGGAAUGCCCACUCAUUUCACACAAGCUCAAACAGCAUCAACCCAACCAAUUCAGUCUGGUCAACAACCAGCACCAACUGGAAGCAAUUCUGUUAAUACUCCACUAACUAAUUUCUUAAAACGUCCACUUAGUCCUCCAUCACACUCCCCAUCGGCUAAACGUCAGGCAUUUGAGAUCCCUCAUCCAAAAUCCGUCCCAACUUUUCCAGUCGUUUCACCCGUUGAGAUCAACUCCACUGAGCGCCCCUCCUCUGCUAACCAAUUGCACCCUUCUCAACCUAUAAGUGCUGAUCAUGUACCAAUUAGAUCCGAGGAACAGGUUCAAUCACUUGCACAGGUGCCGACGCCACAAUCCGUGAAUCCUCCUGCUCAAGCUGAAGCUAAAUCCGAGGUCACACUUGACCUCGAGGUGCGGAUAGUCUUUACCGACUUGUCUGCCAAAGAGCAUGAAGUCAUUGUGGAGUUGGUUGAACAGAUGCCCAAGGAGGGCAUUGCCCCCUUCCGUUUUGUUGACAGUGUCUGUGAUGCCACUCAUUUGGUCACUCUUAAGCUUUCCAGGACCCUCAAAACCUAUCAUGCUAUGGCUUUUGGUGUGCCAAUUGUUUCUGCCAAGUGGAUUCAGGCCUCUCUCAUUCGUGGUGAUUGGCUUGCGGAGACUGAGUGGUUAUUGGAAGACCCAGAGGGUGAGCAGAAUUUGGGCAUCCAAAUGGCCACAUCCUAUGCACGUGCUCGAGAGAGACGUCUCUUAAGUAAACCAGGUCUUUUCGCGGAGUUAGAAUUUUGGUUCUCCCCAAUGGCUCACCAUCGUGCUGUCUGUGAAGAGCUUGUACGCCUAUGUGGUGGUCGUAUUCGUGAAAGGAGACCCACUCAAAAGAUGGCCCUCCUUACCAUUCCUAAACAAGUUAUUAUUUGUCAUGAAGAGGACGCGAAUGUUGCUGCCUAUCUAAUGAGGACCAAAACUGGAAAUCGCGCCGUACAUCAUGAAGAGUUUAUACUGAGUGGUGUGUUGCGUCAAGAGUUGGACUUUGAGUCUUACCAAAUCCAGUUGGUUAGCAUUCAAUUUGCUGAAUUGACAGCUGCAAUUAAUGCGAAUAUGAACAAUAGUAGUAGAAGUAAUGUUGAAAACACCAAUCCCAAUGCCAACGACAAUAGUGCUUCGGCCCCUGUACGUAAUGUAGAUCCCAGAAGUGAGUUGCCGGGUGCACCUCUUCAGUCUCCACCUUCUUCCAACACCGUAUAUAUGCGACCGCCUAAUCCCCCCUCCUCUCAACGCACUCAACCAACUCCCCCAACGUCAAAUACUCCACGAUCUUGUUUGGUGUUUGUUUCGGGCGCUCCGGAGCAAAGUAAUCAACCGGAGCAGCAGCAACCUCCUCAGUCCUCUGUAAUGUACUAUAUCCCUUCUGAAUCAGGUACACAGCCCUCAUCAGGAGUUCAACAGCCUAUUACAGGACCACUAAUGUAUGGUAAUCAGGUUCAGCCUCAUCAAAUCUCUGUGGCUCCUCCGAUGUCUGCUUCUGAGACACUUCCCAUGACAACUAUGCGCCUCCCAUCUGAAGGUGUUUCGGGCACUAGAUCGGCCACAAUGGCAGGAGAUGAGGCGACGGGCUUAAACGCGGCCCGAGUGGCAGCUAAUGACGCGCAUGUCGUUGCCUCAGCAACUGCAGCCCUAACUACAAACCCCACUCUGAUUGCGAAUAAUGCAGGUGGCGGUGGUGGUCAAGUUCAAGGCCAAUUGAUCAAUUUUAACUCCCCCCUCCAUCAACAAAAUCAACCAUUAAAUCAUCCGCCACCUCCCUCCUCUACGGGAAUGGUUUGUUGUCCUUUUGCAAUGCUAACAUUCCAUGCGUUUACAUGCCUGUGCGAAGUUAGAGAUCGCAAGUUCAUUGUCCUUCAGUAUACUCCUAGUGAGCUGAAUACUAACCGCGCACUGGUUUUAUAUGUCUAG